GUUCCGUGUUCCGUGGUUGUAAAUAAUAUGUUUGUAAAGUAAACAAACAGCAUCAUGGCGAGCAAGAAGGGCGGCAUCAACAGGUCUAAAAAUUUUACUGCUGGUGAGCGGUCACUGUUCGUGGACGUUAUCUUACCCAAAUUUAAAAAAGUCAUUGAAAACAAGAAGACCGACGCAGUGACAAGAAAGGAAAAGGCUGACGCUUGGACUGCUUUGACGGCGGAGUUCAACUCGCUGUCAGCAGUACACCACCGCUCGGAAACCAGUUUAAAAAACUUGUGGGACACCUUAAAGAAGAAUGCGAGGAAGGCCAGAAGCUCUCACAGGGUUGAAUCGUUCAAAACUUGUGGUGGAACGAAAGACGACAACUCAACACCUUCUAUUAUUGACGAGAAGGUAUUAGCCGUGCUGGGGCCUUCCUGCGUCGGUCUCGAAAACCCUUUUGACGGUGAUUCGUCCGUGUCUUUGAGUGGAGAACAAUGGGAAGAAGUGGAAGUGGUGGAAGUCCAGCAGGUGCCGGCAUUUUUUGUAGAAGAGGCCAAACCACCAGUAAAUUCUGAGGGGCCACAACCAUCUACAACAUCAGCAGGUUCAUCCUCAAGCGGUGGUCACAAAUGGGAGGAAUAUCAGCCUAAGCACCUGAUUGAGAAAGGAUUUGGGUUUAGAGUAGAAUGGAUGAAAGGGAGGCACCCAAGCACUACACUUCACUUUUUUAUUUGAAUUCUCAGUAUCUGUGGGGCAAGUGCAUCCCCUUUUUGUUCUUAUGAAGUUUGUUUGGAUCUAUAUUUGUUUGAUUCAGAGAAAAUGAAAGGGUCUUUGCGCUUGCACUUUACUGGUGAGACAUUACUCUUUUCUGUUUAAUUAUUUGCAUUACCUUCAUAGAAUAAGGUUUACUGUGCAAGUGAAAAGUUUCUCAUUCAUGAUUUACUCUACUUCUAUUUUUUUUAAUUUUAAAGACUGAAACAAAAAAUAUUCUUGAGUAUGGGUACACUUAACACUAGUGCCAUGCUUAUGUAUAUAAAUCAGUAUUUAAGGCUUUGAUCUCAUUGCGUUUUGAGUUUUGUUUUGAGUUAAGCUUCAAGGUAAUACCCAUUAUCUUUUCUUGUUUUAAGUUGCGGUUGCCAAAGCUAAACUUCCUUUUGUUUUGCCUACGCCUAAGAUUUAUUUUUAGAUUAUUUCUCAUAAUUAUUGUUAAUUUAUAGAGAGGAAGAAGACUACUACUAUACUAUGCUAUACAAUCAACUACACAAUCUUUGAACAUUUAACUUUAUUCCUAUUCUAUUUACAUUAUACCAAAAAUAGACAAAUGAUUUUGAGGCACUGUACACCAACUGUAACAGGA